AUGGAACAUUCGGAUCAUGAAGAUGAUCACGAAGAUGACAUUGACGGAGGGCUUGGUCUGAAUGCUCGAGGCAGCUCCGCCUACGAGCGUCUAGCUCGCCUUGCGGACCGUGCACUCUUCGACGAUGCAACCGCCGCUGCCCUCUUUGGUGGCGAAUUCCGUGGCUUUGGCGGUAUGAUGUCGGGUCUUUCCAACCGCUUCAAGCGUCUCAAAGCCAAUCUCCGGUCUCCGAAAGGUGCUGUCCGUCUGCAAGCUCUACGAGAAUGCAGCGAUCUGCUUUUGGUUAGCAACGAAGACACCCUCGGCGCCGCCUUCUCAGUCAAUUCAUUUGCUACCGAGUUUAUCGCCAUUCUUAACGGCAGGCCCAACAUUGACCCCACCGCCGAAACCGACAGCUCAAAAAUGGACAUGGACGCUGCGAUGGACGAGGAUGCUCAACUGGCUGCUGCUCUUGCUAUGAGCACGGGAGGAUUUAUGCCUGGUGGCGAGCAGGAAGAAAUGGAGGCCCAGCUGCUCGCGUGUCGCUGUCUGGCCCACCUCAUGGAAGCGCUUCCCGGAUCAGGCCACACGCUAGUCCACCUUGGUGCUGUGAAGGCGCUGUGUUCCAAGCUCAACGAGAUCUCGUAUAUUGAGCUUGCAGAGCAGACUCUGAGUACGAUGGAGAAGAUUUCGGCCGAGUACCCGGGCGCGAUCGUUCGCGAGGGCGGCCUGGGUGCGCUACUCAACUUUUUACCGUUCUUCUCGACCAAUGUACAGCGCACUGCAGUCACUGCUGCUGCCAACUGUUGCCGCAACGUGUCAGGUGACUACUUCGCCAUGGUCCGCGAGGUGUUCCCCAUCCUUCGCGAGGUUUUGACGCAGUCGGACCAGCGACUGGUCGAGCAAGCCACACUCGCCGUGGUUCGUUCCCUGGAGUCAUAUCGACACAGCGCGGAGAACUUGGAGGGCCUUUUGGACCUCGAAACUGUUGUCGCAAUCAACGCUCUCCUAACGCCAUCGGGCGGCUCUCCGAUCAUAUCUGACACCACCUACACCCACCUUCUCAAGGCGCUCUCAGCGGCGGCUCGCGCCUCUGCCAAGGUCACAAUUGCAUUCUUGGAGGCUGGCAUGACUAGCACAGUCCACUACAUUCUGACUGGUGUUCUUCCCUCAUCGCACGAGGAAACCGAACAGGGUGACGCCCCUGGCGGGCAGAGCUUGGGCGGCGGUGUGGCCGACAUGGUCAUCAUGCAGAACCUGGCCCACCGCCCAAAGGACCAGGUCGAGGAGGCGCUUGGCCUUGUUUGCGAGCUUCUGCCCCCCAUGCCUCGUGACGGUGUUUUCGACUCGCGCGCCUACACGGAGAAGAGUCUGGCAAAGAUCAAGAGGCGUGGCGGACGUCCUGAGCGCGAGCGCCCUCGCCGCCAGGCCAGCAAUCGGGCUGGAGAUGCUUCCGCGUCGUCAAGUGGACCGAGUACUCCGUCAGCCGACGUCGUAGCCAGUGCUCAGGACUCACCGUUGUCUACGCUGGCCGCAUUCAACCUCAAGACAAAGCGCGACGCCGAGGCCCAAUACGAAGAGCGCUUGAGGCUCAUGAAGUCGCAGCCUGACCUCGUCUCCAAGUUUAUGCGCGCUCUCGUACCUGUUCUUGUUGACGUCUACGCUGCCUCUGUCAGCUCGCGCGUUCGUACGAAGGCCCUCACUGGUAUUCUCAAGGCAACCGCGUUCGCCGAGCCGGAUGACCUUCAGCCCGCCCUCACCUCAGUUCCCAUGUCGAGCUUCCUUGGUUCAAUCAUCUCGGCCAAGGACAAUGCCGCAUUCGUGCUAAACGCGCUCCAGUUGGUCGAGGUACUUGUGAACAAGCUGCCCGCCGUGUACCUCACCUCAUUCCUUCGCGAAGGCGUGGUUUACGAGAUCGAGUCACUGGCGAAGGAGCAGACGGGCUCGGAAAAGGCUGCAGAGGCGAAGGCUGAGGAGACGCUGUCUGACACAAAGGACGACACCACAACACCAGUCAAGUCGAGCGAGCCAUCAACGCCUCGGGCCUGCCCACCAGGCCAGUCGGCGACGCGGACUGGGGAUAACCCUGGCGCCAUUUCUGGCCUCUUGGGCGAAGUGCUCUCAUCUCCACUUCCUCGCAAGUCUUCCGGCAUUGAUCCCUACGAUGCCAACAUCAUCCGGGCGCGAAUCAUCAUCGCCAAAAGUUUGUUUGCAGUGGCUGGUGACAAGCAUGAUGAGGCUGCUCUGGUAUUGGACGAGCUUCGUAAGCUUGUGGACCGCCUGUGCGUCCCCGAGGCUACAGAGGGAGAGAUCCGUGACACUCUUCGCGAGAUUGCAUCUCAGUUCACCAACGUGGGCCAGUCGCUUUCUAGCUUUGAGCUUCUCAAGAGUGGCCUUGUUGCUGGCCUUCUCCGAUAUGUCGACAUUGACGGAUCUGUGCCUUCCAACGAGCGCCGGGCUAUGCUUUACGACACGUUCUCCGAUAGCGCAUUCACACCCUCCCCCUUGGCAACACUUGUCAAGCGGCUCCACGAGUCGUUGGGCCGCCUGGAGUCGUUCGAAGUAGAGACGGCGUUCAACGGCAUGGGUGGCUCAUCCAACUCGCUUGGCCGCACCAUGCGUAUCCGACUACAGGCCGAGGAGGGGGAGGAUAUCCCCAAGGCCAUGAGCUCACUCAGCGUCACGAUUCAAGCGAUCGCGCCGGUGAGAGCCCUGCACGACUACCUUCGGCCUCGCAUCAACGACCCUCUUACGCUUGGAGGGGGAUCAACCCUCCAAAGCAUGUUCGCCGCCUAUGCCGCGAGCAGAGGAGGUGCAGUUGGGUCGUCGACUGAGCGACUCCUUGCGGCCUUGGCGGCUGGACCUCCCGGGCAGUCUGGCCUGCCUGGCAGUCGCCCCCUGCUAGGUGGCGAGGCGACACCGGCUCAGGAAUCUUCCACCAAGGCAGCCGUCCCAGAGCCAACUGAAAGCAAGGAGGGAGCCGGGGCCAAGCAGCCACGGCGGCGCAGCGCACGUCUCAGCGGACGACCAGCUGAGACUGAGAGCACUGGUGAGGGUCCUUCCACCUCUGCUCCUCCCACCAGCGCCCCGCAAGCGUCAACCAACGCCUCUCCGCCAGGUUUCCUGCCUCAUAUGCCGAUGGACCUGGACUUUGAAGACUUCUCUGAGGAUGAUUAUGACGCCGAGGUAUUUGAGGAAGAGAUGGAGGAGGAGCUCGCUGCUCGUCGCCCCUCGGAGAAGGUCGUGAACAUGUCGGUGGCACCCGACGGAUCUAGAGUGGAGGCCAAGACGCCUGACGGCACACGUAUCGCGACACCUAACCAGGCUGCUGCGGAGAGCGCCGGGGCCGGCUCAUCGGGUACACCCACUCGUACCGGAUCGUAUGCUGGGGCCGUCAAAACUGCCCCAGUGGACUGGCAUCUUGAGUUUUCUGUCGACGGCCAGACGCUGCGACCCACAGACACCAUCUACGGCGCUGUCCACAAGUACGCCAAGAGCUCGCCUGUGCCCGGCAAUGUAUUUGCCCUCCCCGUCACCUUCAAGUUCCGCAAGGUGGACGGACCUCUUCCCAAGGAUGAAGAGCCGCAGUCGACUCUCGACGCGCCGUCCCCUGCCACGACUACAAGCUUGAUGCCAGAUGUUGUCGAGUCCGAUCAGCAGGUGUCCCAAAUCCUGCGUCUGCUGCGUGUUGUUCACAACCUCUGCACGGACCGCCGCGACAGUAUGGCAGGCCGCGCCGCGGCUCUCGACGAAUCUCUGUUCGUCAACAACAAGCUCACUGCCAAGCUUACCCGCCAACUCGAAGAAACCAUGAUAAUCGCCAGCGGAUGCCUGCCAGAAUGGGCCGAGGAGCUGCCCAAGUUCUUUGCCUUCCUGUUCCCAUUUGAGGUGCGGUACGCAUUCCUGCGCUCGACGUCGUUCGGUUACGGACGCCUAAUCGCACAUUGGCAGGCCUCUCAACCUCGCAACAGCAGCAGUAGCCGCCGAGACGAAGGUCUUCCGCUCGUAUCGCGUCUGAGUCGCCAGAAGGUCCGUAUCUCUCGGGCGCAGCUGCUCGAGUCAUGCGUCAAGGUCCUUGAGUUGUACGGAAAGGCCGACGGUAUCCUCGAGGUCGAGUACUUUGACGAGAUCGGCACGGGACUUGGCCCAACCCUCGAGUUCUAUGCCCUAGCGUCCAAGGAGUUUGCUCGCCGGUCACUUAAGCUUUGGCGUGACGAAGACGAGUCGCAUGAGGGAUCCCAUGUGUGGCAUCCCCACGGCCUCUUCCCAGCUCCUCUCAAAAAGGACGAGGCGGGCAGAGACAGUCAGCGCUUGUCGUACUUUAAAACGCUAGGUGUUUUCGUCGGCCGCGCGAUGCUGGACUCGCGUAUCAUCGACCUCAACUUUAACCGCGUGUUCCUCAAGAUGGUGCUGAACAAGCCGGUCAAGAAGUCGAUCGCAACGCUCAAGUUGGUGGACGCACCGCUGGCUCGCUCGCUUGAACGGCUACAGUCGUAUCAGCAAGCGCGUCAGGAGAUUGAGGGUCUUGCCGCUCUUCCUCCUUCCACACGCCGCAGCAAGCUGGCAGCCCUUACCAUUGGCGGUGCCAAACUGCACGACCUCUCACUGGACUUUACCCUUCCUGGCUAUGACAUUGAGUUGAAGUCUGGCGGCAGGAGCAUAGACGUCGACGACUCCAACCUGGGCGAGUACAUUGAGCUCGUGCUGGACCUCACGCUGGGCUCGGGUGUACACCACCAGCUGCAGGCAUUCCAGGAAGGCUUUUCUUCCAUCUUCCCGGUUGUCGACUUGCAGAUCUUCUCGCCGGACGAGCUCGCGCUGUUGUGUGGCAACGCGGAGGAGGACUGGUCUCAGGAGACUCUUGAGCAGGCUAUCAAGGCCGACCACGGGUACAACUCUGACAGUCGCGUCGUGCGUGACCUCAUCGACGUGAUGACCUCGUACUCGAAGGAGGAGCGUCGCGCCUUCCUGCAGUUUAUGACUGGGGCACCGAAGCUGCCUCUGGGGGGAUUCAAGGGUCUGAACCCGCAGUUUACGGUGGUGCGAAAGCCGCAUGAGGCGCCGUUCAAGGCUGAUGACUACCUUCCGUCUGUCAUGACGUGCGCGACGUAUCUGAAGCUGCCCAACUACUCGUCUCGGGCUGUCCUGUCUUCGCAGCUGAUGCGGUCGAUGAAGGACGGACAGGGGUCGUUCAACCUGUCGUGA